UAGUAGUACGCUCGCCGCGACACGCGCCCGGAAGACUGUCAAAUAAAUACGAGCUGAAAUAUAUCUGCUGUCGCGUUCUGUGAUCCUGGUAUAUACGUGCUGUUGCAAGGAUGAAUUUUUGUUUGUUUUUUGUGUUGUUUGGUUAUUUUUUCGCAUGGAGCGCGGGCAUGUUGUACCGGCGAGACUCGGAUAAUGUACUCAAACCCGACCUUUUGCCUGUAUCGUCAACUGUGAUGCCGCUACCAUAUUACUCCAUAUAUGGAUACGAGAAGAAAAUGCUUCGAGGAAAAGAUAAAAAACGACCACAAGGAAAAAUCUCGCUAGUCACGAAAGAGCCUAAAUAAAAAGUUUUAUUUUAUUUGUUAAUUAAGCAUCUGUAUUAAAAAGAAUAAAGUUCAAAAUAUUGUUAAUCUGUUUUACACUUUUGUU